AUGGAUCAAACACGAGCUGCCUCGGCAUUUGACGCAGCAGCGGUGUUCACUUAUACGUUCAUCAAGGAUCUUUCAACACUCAAUCCAGAUGACCAUCGAUCACUCGACAACAGUUCUAAGAUAAUAAAAUCAAUUGAAUUUUUUUGUUACACUUGCAUCUGCAAGGGCUCGACGUCGAAUAGGCGGGCUCAGGGUCAGAAGGUUGGUCUCGAACAUAUCGUUCGACGAUUUUUUCUUUGGUUACGCGCGGUGGUUUGUUGCGCCAGAAGCCGGACGGGGUUCCAGCAAAAAUUGCCGUCGAAAUAUUAUAUCGGAAUAUUUGAUCCUGGAAAAAUAGCAAUUGGCUACCUCGCUUUAACACCGAUUCCCAAAUGUGAGACCUGAUUCUGGUGAAACAGACUCGCUCGCUAAGGAGAACAACUCCGUUUUACAGAUUUGGUUACUGCGAGAGAACGCGGUACCAAGGUUUCUUAAAAUCAUAACGAAACUUAAUAUGUACCUUCUUGCUGUACGUACACGCGUCAAGUAUGCAGAUUUUACUCGCAACGAAGCUGAUAAGGCCAGUGAAAACGAGAAUACUGACUCGAUGACUUUAUUCAGAAAAUAU